AUGGGGUGGCUGUACCGGGGUAAAGCUGGGAGCAACACUUGCUUUACCCCACAAGAUACAAUGAAAAUUUCACAACCCUCUACUGGUUACAGCACCAGACUGUUGUUAUAUUGUAGGUUUUUCUUAGAGCGUGAAGUGGAAAUGCUGUUUGUUUAUCGAGUCCGCGCAGUUCGUGUUCUCAUGGAUGUGAGGCUGCAGCAACGUAGCGGAAUGGCAGACCUGCAGCCGGGCGUCCUGCUGCAGCCCGCGGGCGUGGUGCUCGUCCUGCUGGCGGCGCUGCCGUCGCUGCUGCACGCCACCACCGUCGACAGCAAAGUGGGUGCCGCUCCGGGCGGGCACGCGGUGAGCCGGAGGCACAUCACCAACCAGCAGGGCGACUGGCAGCAGCAGUGGUACUCGAGCCUAGACGAUCACCACCAGCGGGAGUCCGGCGCCGACAACAACACCGUCACCAACGUCACGGUGCAGCUGGGGGGCUCGGCCUUCCUGCACUGCCGGGUGCGCAACAUGGGCGAGCGCACCGUCAGCCCCGAGUUCCUUGCCCCUGCGCAGGUCACGUGGGUGCGGCGCCGCGACUGGCACAUCCUCACCUCGGGCAUCUCCACCUACACCAACGACGAGCGCUUCCAGGUGCUGCACCCGGAGGGCUCGGACGACUGGACGCUGCAGAUCAAAUACGUGCAGCGCCGGGACAACGGCACCUACGAAUGUCAGAGUCCCACGCCGCCGCAGUACGUGUUCUGGUACCACAACGACAAGAUGAUCAACUACGACACCCAGCGCGGAGGCAUCUCGGUCGAGACCGAGCCCGGGCCGCGCACGCAGAGCCGCCUCACCAUCCGGGACGCGUCCGACGCCGACUCGGGCAACUACACGUGCUCCGCGUCCAACACCGAGGCCGCCUCCAUCUUCGUGUUCGUGUCGGAAGGAGACAAGAUCGCCGCCAUCUCCCGGAGGAAGACGUCAUCGGCGGACAGCUCGGUGGCGUCGCGGGCGGCGCUCGUGGUGGCGCUACUGGUGCCCGUCGUGCUGCUGGUGCGCAGAUAAGGCGGUCCUGGCCCUCGCCCUAGUUGGCCCGGAACCUCCUCCGGGCCUCCUCCGAACCUCCUCCGGGACUUCCCCGGAGCCAGCCGGUCGCAGACAUGCUGCCGUUCGCGUCCGCCACCGCCAGCUUGCGCUCCGCGCUCUGGAGGAGGCCGUGGGGGCGGUGGGGACUCGGACUUCUACUAACUGUGAUGAUCGUGAUGACCAUGUGACACGGACACGUGAAGAAUCUUUUUUAUUUGUUUGAUUUGGCCACAGUGGUUUCCUUUUCUUAAAAAAUGCUCGGGUUUGGACCGUCGUUGUUGAUCUUUUCUUCGAAAGCCUUUUCGUGCUCGGCUGUUUGCAGUUUGUGAUGAGGCCUCCUCAAUGUGAUUGCCAUAGGGCACGAGUGUGUGUGAAUGUGUGAGUGCGGAUCGUUUAAGAGAUGCCUUGUUCAGAGGAACGUGUUGUACAUUGUGAAGAAGGGAAGUGGCACAAAUAGCCAUCUGUACAUUUACCUAAUUAAUAAAUAUCGUUCCUCAUCGUUUUUUUGUAUUACAAUUCUGUAAAAUAAUUGGGAAAUGAAGUAUCAUUCAAUGUGGUUGAGACUGGAACGCAUUGGUGAAGCAGUUCGAUGCUGAUUUCUUCCACCUUUGCUUUCGAUGCUGUAUCAAAUGUUUUGUUCUUUUUAAUACCAUCAUUGGAGGAAAACAAAUAUGAUUAAUAGCUACACUUGGUACAAAAUUUAUUAAGACUUUCACGGAUCCAAAUGAAACAAUUUUCUGUGACUUGCAUUCCCUUUAGUCCGAAACCACUCUGGUACCUUUCAAUUAUAAUUUUGAUAGCAAAAAUACAAAUGAAUCAUUCGGAAUAAGUUCAAUAUCUGUGACGUUUUUUUGGAAUUUUACCCAAGUUUGGCACAAAUGGCUAGAUAUGACAUGAAAUUCUCUCACAUUAUGAAUAUUUGUCAUGUCAUUGAAAUGAUUGUUCCAUUUUGCUCCUGUGACACGGGUAACGUUUUCACAUUAAAUGCUUGUGGACAAAAUUGUACAUAUAAAUCUAAGUUGUCAUUUUCUUGUGCACUCUAGUUUCUCACGUGUAUGACCUUUAGCUAUCAAACUUAUAGGUCCAUAAAAAAACAAGAGUGUGUUAAACUGCUCUGUGCACAACACAAGCAUUUAAUGUGUGUUAAAUUACAUUAGGCUAAGCAAAUUUCUUUAUUUAAAUUUUGGUUACAUAACAUUGCAGGGUACAACAACUUAUUUUGCUUCAAAGAUAUACAAGUCUGUACAUCUUCCAAAUGUAAACUGACUACAAGACCUGUUCAAAUGUUCAAAUAAUUAGCGAAGAGAAACAAAUGUAUUUCUUGAGCAAUGUGUGGUGAGGAUGCAAUAUUCUGGCAAGUGUUUCGUAUUGUUGUCUGACUCAACUUAAUUUGGAGUAUUCUAACAAGCAGGUUUAUUUCAUACUUUUUGUGUUUUUUAACUGUUUGGGUUUUAGCAGUUAUUUGUGCGUGUGAGCCUAGAAACUGUGGAAACUUUGAAAUCUAUGGUGAAUUUAAUCUCGUGGGGCAAGACGCUUAUUAUAAAAAAUCGACGCCGUUUUGACUUUCGUCGCGUCGGAUCGCCGUCAACGCUUCGAAAUGGCUAUAUUAAUUACUGAACUUCCAGACACAAUUGUGAACAGAUCAAUUCUUUAAAUUACAUGAACUCACUGUCAGGACGUUUCCAAAAAGUUCGGCCUAACGUGUUGCACAAGCACAUUUCCUUUGUUUGCUAGUUCUGGGAAAAAUUGUGAUUUUUAAAUCUUUGGGAAAUUUGCCUUUGUAUUACAUUUUUCACUCAAUUUAAUUUAAAUGUGUUUGAUCAUCAGAUUACAGACCAACAGUUUACCCAUGUUCAUUAUUUAGGUAAUAAUGAAUAAAAAUAAUAAUGUUCCUCGCCCAUGAACAGAGUGAAAAUGUACUAGAUCAGUUAUUUUCUCCUGUACUUUAAGUAAUUUACACCCCAUAUGUUAGAAAAUCAGCAAGUAAUACUGUAGGACCUGUACUAUUUUCACAAAUUUGCUACCACCAAACUCCUGUUUGGAAAUUUAAAGUCUACAUAAACUGUAAACUGAAUUGAUCAAAAGUGAAAUCAUACUCCAACCCUGCACUCUGUGUGGGUGUAAUCAUUAUUAUCAAAGUGUACCGGGGUUCAGUGAGAUGCCUUCGACGGAGACGUACGACUAGGCGUCGAAAGAGACGUCCGCUUGGACGCCUAUAGUCCGAAAAUCGGCAGCAACGUCUCUCACCGGAAUCACAGCACGCAUCGCAAUGCUGCGGGUUAGCCUAUUCACCGCGGUCGUCAGGCGCCAUAGUUCCCGCGGCCCGAGCAAGUAGACAGACCUGCAGCUCAACGAUACUUGCUGUAAUAAACCCGGUACAUUGCACAGCAUGCAAAUGUAAAUUUGUAACCCAAAAGCACACAGGAUCGGCCAAUUCUCUUGUCACUGUCACCUACCUUAGGGAAAUAUAUCACAUCACUCCCCUACAGCCACAUUUAAAGAAUCGAAAACCAUAGUUAGUGUUAGGACCAUUAUUGAGAAGUGGAACGCCCUGCUCUGCAAUGUUAUCUUAAUUUUAGCACUUAAAACCUUUUGUGUAUAAAACAUAUGUUCUAAUAAACAGUCUUCUGAGAACAUGUAAACAA